UGCUAGUUAUUUCACUUAUUUGUGCUGACACUGUUGUGAAUUUUUUCGUUAUGAUUUGAUGUUGGCCUUAACUGUGCGGAACUUGAGAAGUUAGGUUGCUGUGUGGUGCUUGUGUUGGUGCAGAGUCACUCACACUCACUGCAGACUUCCACCUUCAAAGUUCAAAAUAUGUCUCAUUCAGAGGAGAAUCUUGUCAUCUCGUGCAAUGGGAAGGAAUAUGCCGCCAUCCUCACCCAUCCUCAGCCGACAGCGUCUCUCACCGCAGAGGUGGCGUUCAUUCUCACACAUGGGGCUGGAGGAGACAUGAAUUACAAGCAGUUAGUGGAGAUGGCAGGCAUACUGGCAGAGAACGGCAUCAGUUGCUUACGAUUCACUUGUAAAGGGCUCAAUCUGGUUCACAGGAGCAGAGUAUACGAAACUGUGUUAAACCGUCUCAAAGAAAUGGGAACUUUUAAAGGCUGUUUUUUAGCAGGUAGAUCAAUGGGCGCCCGCGCAGCAGCCACUGUAGCUGGUACCCUGGCGGCCGACGAUGACUAUGUGUUGGGAGUCGUCUGCAUUUCCUACCCACUGCACCCACCAAACAAGUUAGCAGACCUGCGCUCUCUAGAGCUAGGUCACUUGGAGCAAUUCGGCUUACAGUCACGUCACACGCAGACUAACCAUGUCCAUGGCCUGGCCAUAGUGAAUGCAGUGACACGUAAUGUGUUGUUGUUAAAGGAAUCAGGAUAA